AUGACCGAAGAAAUUGAGUCUCACAUCAUUCAGAAGUACGAAGUAUUAUAGAAAAUGGGGAAAGGAGCAUAUGGAGUGGUUUGGAAAGCCAUAGAUCGAAAAACAAAAUAAAUUGUUGCGCUCAAAAAAGUAUUUGAUGCAUUUCAUAAUGCCACUGAUGCGUAACGCACUUUUCGAGAAGUCAUGUUUUUGUAAGAGAUGGCCCAUGACAAUGUUAUUCGAAUGACCAAUAUUCAUAGAGCUGAUAAUAAUAAGGAUCUGUAUAUUGUUUUCGAUUUCAUGGAAACAGACCUCCAUGCUGUGAUACGAGGUGGAAUUCUUGAAGAAAUUCAUUAGAGAUAUAUAAUCUAUUAAAUACUCAAAGCAUUAAAAUACAUUCACUCUGCUGAAAUCAUACAUAGAGAUCUUAAACCAUCAAAUGUGUUACUCGAUGCAGAAUGCAAUGUCAAGGUGGCUGAUUUUGGUUUAGCUAGAAGUCUUUUAAAUCAAGUCGAAGAAAGUGCCAUUCUGACUGAAUAUGUAGCAACUCGAUGGUACCGAGCUCCUGAAAUUCUCCUUGGAUCCACCUAAUACACUAAAGCUGUUGACAUGUGGUCAGUUGGCUGCAUCUUAGGGGAAAUGAUCAACGGAAAGCCUAUUUUCCCUGGGAGUUCUACUCUCAAUCAAAUAGAGAGAGUCCUCGAAGUUAUAGGUAGACCUACCACAUCUGAAUUAGAAAGUGUAUAAGCACCUAUGGCUUCACAAAUUGUAAACAACAUUCCUAAAGGCUAAAGAAUUGGAUUUACCAAUUACUUUCCUAAAGCAACUCCUUAAGCUUUGGAUUUAAUUCGUAGGUUGCUUUCAUUCAACCCUUCCCAGAGAAUUUCUGUUGAAGAAGCCUUGAAACAUCCUUACGUUGGUGCAUUCCAUCACAAUAAUCAAGAAGGUACUACAAAUCCAAUUAUAAUCUCCAUGGAUGAUAACAAGAAAUUUAGUAUUAAAGAAUAUAGAGAGGCAUUGUAUUUAUAGAUUAGUAAGAAAUAUGAAACUAAAUUUGAGAAUAAAUUUGAAACUAAAUAUGAAAAUAAAUUUGAGAACUCCUUUAAAAACAUAGAACAAAAUUAAUAAGAGAGGAAAAGAACUUAAAGUUUUUAAUAGGCAUCAAAAAAACCUAACGCUCCUUCUAAUUCUACACUUACUAAUGAGCAAAAUAUUAUAAAAUAACAAGAUCCCAACACAUAACAUGUUUCACAAAACUAUCUCAAGGAAUACUUAUCGAAUUGCAGUAAGGAUUACUUAGGAUAAUAAUAGUCAUAAUAGAAUGUCAAUAUGAGCAAAGAAUUUAUUAGUGGAUAAUUAGGUAAAGAGAUUAACAAAGAAAACUAUAAAUCAAAAAAUCUAGCGGACGUUUCAAUUAAUAAAAUGGAAAGAGACAAUUCCAUUUCUAAAAAAUAAAUUAUUUCUCCUUGGACUUAAGCUAAUCAAAAACCUUAAACUGCAACACAAUAAUAGAGGCCACCUUCCGUUAGUGUUUAUACUACAAUGAAUUAGGCAUCUUCAAAUCAAUUAAAAUCUUAAAUUCCCUAAUAAAUAAACAAUAAUGUGUGUGCUGCAUAAAAGAGAAUUAGUACCAAAAUGCCUACUAGUGGUACGAGCACAUCAUUCUAUGUUCCCCCUGACAAAAAUAAUUCUAGUUUUAAUUAUGGUAAGAAAAUUUCUAAGGACAAUAGUUUCUUAGGUGAUCAUAAUACUUCUACGCAAUCAAACAUACCCCAGCCAAUGCAUUAAAAAACUGUGAGCAUGAACUAUUAAACAUAUUUAAUGUAAAAGGGUAUUUCAGAUCAAAGAAGUAAACAACACCUAGUUAAUCAUCAAAGAACAUAGUCUUCCUUAGGAGCAAAUAAUAGUGUAUUGAUCAAUAGAUGUAAAGAAUUCCUUCAAAACAUACAAGCUAUUAAAAAAUGA